AUGGACGGCGGCCUUUCUAGACAAACUCAUAGUGUGGUCGCUGGAAACAGGACUUCUUACCUCCUCCUUUUCGCUUGUAACACUUAUCCUAUUCCACACCUUGCAUGGGAAUGUUGUUUGGAUUUUAUUCUCGACCGUUGGCGCCCGGUUAUUCUCGAAUUCCUUGCUCGCAAGCCUGAACUCACGCACUGUGCUGCGCGAGCUGCGGGACAAUAAUAACGGGCAGAUGUUGAGCUGGACAAAUCCUGUAGGUCGUAUUUUCUGCCUGCCACAUGGCUUAGUAACAGCCCACCCCCAGGACCUGCGACAGACCGUGACAAUACCACGCUUGCCGCCCAUUGCGGUCGAGAUACACACUAUCCAAAAUGUGGAGAGG